AAUUUUCUCUUCUUUUUGGUUUUGAGAAGAAAGAACCAGACCAGUUUUUUCACCUCUCUCUUUACUAUCUCUCCUCUACCACCUCCCUUCUCCACUCUCUCUAAUGGAGUCUAUGGAUCACACUCAUCUCUCUACGCCAAAUCGCUAGCUUACUCUCAACUUCAUUAUAACCAUUUCUGUCACUAUCAUUGAUGCUUUCCACGAGAGAAACCAUAUAGCCUGAUUCACGAGUGCGACUGUCUAGUUUGGUGUCUUCUGUUAAUAUAUUAGUGAAAUUGAGCUCAUCCAUUCGUCUGGGGUUACUUUAAAUAGCCUUGAUGGGUUCACGAUUCCCAUCCCACCAGCUCAGCAAUGGGCUGUAUGUAUCAGGCCGGCCAGAACAGUCUAAGGAACGGCCUAUCACGAUGAGCUCGACGGCAAUGCCCUACACUGGUGGUGAUAUAAAGAAAUCCGGCGAACUCGGAAAAAUGUUUGAUAUUCCUGUAGAUGGUUCUAAGUCAAGGAAAUCUGGACCUGUAGGUAAUCCUCCUAUGAGAACUGGUUCUUUUGGAGGAGCAGCCUCACACUCAGGACCAAUUACGAAUUCAACAUCUAGAGCUAGCUAUUCAACAUCAGGUCCUGUAACUUCAGGGAUGGGAGGUGGACCAACGGGUGGAUCAAAUAGGCAGAAAUCUAGUUCUGGACCGUUAAACAAGCAUGGGGAUCCAAUUAAGAAGUCAUCUGGUCCUCAAUCUGGAGGAGUUACACCAGCUGCUCGGCAAAACUCGGGUCCUCAAGCACCAGUUCUUCCCGCAACUGGUCUCAUUACAUCCGGACCCAUUACAUCUGGUCCACUGAAUUCAUCAGGUGCCCCACGAAAGUUUUCUGGUCCAUUGGACUCUAUGGGUUCGCUCAAGCUACAUAGCACAUCAAUUGUUAAUAACCAGGCCGUGACUAAUCUCAGUCAGGAAGACGACUAUUCGUUUAAGAGAAACUUCCCGAAACCAAUACUGUGGUCUGUUAUUCUUCUAUUUGUGAUGGGAUUCAUCGCUGGGGGUUUUAUUCUUGCUGCUGUCCACAAUCCUAUUCUUCUCGUUGUUGUUGUGGUUCUUUUUAGUUUCGUUGCUGCACUUUUUACUUGGAAUAAUUGUUGGGGAAGAAAGGGUGUCACGGGUUUUAUUGCUCAAUAUCCUGAUGCUGAGCUUAGAACUUCCAAGGAUGGGCAGUAUGUCAAAGUCUCCGGGGUGGUUACUUGUGGAAACGUGCCCCUCGAGUCAUCCUUCCAAAGAGUUCCGAGAUGUGUUUACACAUGUACAAGUUUAUACGAGUAUCGAGGAUGGGAUUCGAAGGCUGCCAAUGCUGCUCACCGUCGUUUCACCUGGGGCCUCCGGUCUUUAGAGAGACACGUUGUUGACUUCUACAUCUCUGAUUUCCAAUCUGGGCUGAGGGCAUUGGUUAAGACAGGUUAUGGGGCGAGGGUGACUCCGUAUGUGGAUGAAUCUGUUGUAGUUGAUGUCAAUCCCUCAAACAAAGAUAUGUCACCAGACUUCGUCAGAUGGUUGCGAGAUCGGAACCUCUCAAGUGAUGACCGUGUCAUGCGACUGAGAGAAGGUUACAUAAAAGAGGGCAGCACUGUUAGUGUAAUGGGAGUUGUUCAGAGGAACGAGAAUGUACUAAUGAUCGUGCCGCCGCCUGAGCCACUCUCAACUGGAUGUCAAUGGGGGAAAUGUAUACUCCCAGCAAGUCUAGAGGGUAUCGUGUUAAGAUGCGAGGAUAGUUCAAAGAUCGACGUCAUACCUGUUUAAUAUUUUGUGGGGGUGUGAUACGUUGAUGAUACUCAAAGGUUAUUUUGUUCAGGUAAAAAGUGCAAUUCAUUGGGGAUAAAUUUUAGAUUUUGUUUGGUAAAAUGUUCAUGAUUUGUGAAAUGGUGGCUGUGAUGAUAAUGAUAUGGGUUUAGGGUUCCGCAGAUGGUGGUGUUUGUGUAUAGUUGUUUUUUUUUUCCUUAUUUUCUUUUUGUUGCUUCUGUUUUUCCCUUCCUCCUUUUUUAGGGUUUGGAAGCUUUUGUAAUGGAGAAAGGGAAAGAUGGAAUUUGGUGAUGGUAAUGAUUCUUACGUGUAGAAAAAUAGAACUUUGAUGUGUUUUGAAGAAAAAGAUUUGAGUUGGUGGUGGGGGGAGUUUAUAUUAAAGAAUGUUUGGAUAUAUCUUGAGUAGUAAAAUUUGGUUUCUCUCCUGUGUCA